GCAGGAAGCGUGCUUGUGAGUUUUUCCCUGGUUUUCCCCAAGAGAGAAAAGGUUUGUUUUUCUAGGAGAGAAGGCACCUCUUAUUAUCGGCUUCAAACGUCAAAGAAAAAGGAAGAAGCGUCACAAAACGGCGAAGACCUAAAAUUAUGAACAUUUGACUUUUUUCUAUGGCUGGGUAUUAUUGAUUAUCUAAUUAAAAAAUGCUCGUGACACAUAGCAAAACGAAUAGGUUUUUUGAUUAUGAUAUGGGACAUCCCUACGGGGUCCCAAAUUAUACAGAGGACCAUCUCAUGGGCAUGAGUCUGGAGAAGCUGCUUGCCCUACAGACGGAAAUGCGUAAUGUAGUCCGUGGAUUAACACAUGACUACAUUGGAUCUGGAGGAUCGCUCGAGGAGGACGAAUUGGAGGAGCUUGAUGCUCUCUGUAAGGAUGAAGACUCUGAAGAAGAAUUGGAGGAGGAUGCUUUCUUGUUAGGAACGGACAAGCGACCUUCAGCUGCGUACAAGACGACGAGUAAGCUUAGAGGCAAGGAGCUGCAACUUAUAAAGGAGUCUUCUAGUAAAAAAGCCUACAAUCGUUCCAGGGUACGAAUUUCUUCUCCAGGAGGAAAACAAAUCCCGGUGCGCAUAGAGGUUGAGAAAUAUAUUGCAGAUGAAAUUCGGAAGCGAAUCUCAGGAGGCUUCGUACCAUUAACACCGCAGAAAAUUCAGCUGCUUUUUGUGAAAUUGAUGCGGUUGAACGGCUGCAGUUCUUACUAUGGGGUGAAGGACGGAGUGGGAAGCAAAGCAGCUUACUCCUGGCUGAGUGCAUUCAUGAACAGGCAUAGCCUCCAGAUUACGCAGCGAAUUCAUACAAUUAGCUCUCGGAAUGAUGUGGAAAUGAGGAGGGAGAUUUUCACGACUUGGGGAAGAUGGUAUCGACUGAUGGAGCUUGUGGGGAAUCGCAUGAACAUCCUGAAGCGUGACCAUCCGAAUACUCCAGUAUAUUUUAUUCGUCUUAAUAUCGACGAAACCUUCAUGAGGCGCCAUGUGGAGGCAAGGAGUUGUGUGGUGCCUGCUGGUCAGACUCGUCGUCUGAAUCGUUCAUGGCAUGGAGCAAAAAAGACCACGAAGGAGGGAGUGAGUUUCGUUCUUGUCAUUAGCGAUUCACCUGAUUUCACUUUUCGUUCAACGAUUGUAGCAGGCGAGAAGCAUCCGCCACUGGGUGAGAAGGAAGCUAUUCGCGAUAUUUGGACGCCUCGCUUCUAUUUCGAAAGCGAAGGAAAUUCGAAAGGAAAUCACGUUGUGGACCAGAUCAUGUGGAAACGAAUAAUGUCACGCAUCGUCAAAGAAAAGCGUCAGUAUGAAUCUCGAGAAGGUGUGAAGCUUGUUCUUGCGGUCAUAUACGAUGCAGCUCCAGUGCAUUAUUUAGAUGAUGACUGGAGGGAGUCGAAUUUGGAAGAUGAACACGAUAUCUAUACAUUCAUGCUCCAGGCUGAAUGUGGUUCCUACGUGCAGCCUUUGGAUUGUGCAGGCAUCAUCAGCAGCAUCAAGGAAGGGCAAGCAGCAGUGGAGCAAUAUAAUGCUUUGACCUCAGCAGCUUUUUGCUCGUUCGUUCUUCGUACACUGGAGCUUCACGCGCACGAGCGAACAUUUGAUGCUUUUGGUUUCGUGCAUCACAUUGGGAUGAUGCGACCACUUCAAUCGGAGCUGCGUCGUUUUCUAUUAGAUCUUCAAUAACUAAAUACCCAGCCUUAGAAAAUUAUCUUAUAUCUAAUAUGAUGAACGCAACUACUACCGCCAAAGGAGCUGCGCAGAAGGAGAAGCGACAAGCAUCAAGCUCCAGCUCUAAGGUGAAAGGAGCAUCGAAAAAGUUGCGGAUCGAAGAGUCUGCGUCUGAACAU